AUGGAUCAUCCAUCGUAUCCCAACACCUGCAACUCCCAUGACCAAACUUUCCUUUCAAUCUCUUCCAAAUCUUACAUAGUUGAAGGCAUAUCAUACUCAGAUCAACUUCUAUGGGUAUCCGACCCGAAUCGAUGCAUACCCAAACAAAUCAUCAACUCCAUAAACUUAUCCUCCACCCCAUUUAGUUAUCGCCCUUCAGAGUCCCCAUACACAUUUUUAACCUGUUCUGGGAAAUCUGAUAAAUUACCUGCUGAUGUAGCAGAAAUUUCGUGUUUAAGUAAUCGGAAUAAAACAGUUUUAAUGGCGUUAGAUGAUAAAGUAACAGAAAAGAUGUUGAAAGAAGAAAAAGAAUGGAAGUGUGAAGUGUUGAAGAGAGUAAACGCAGCGUUUUUGUGGCAGGGGAUGGAAUAUGGGUUUUAUCCGAAUGAUAUGAGUGAUAUGUUUUUGCAAUUGAGUUGGGGUAUUCCGAGUUGUGGGGAUUGUAGUGUUCGUGGUGGAAAUUGUGGUUUGGUGGGCGAUUCUGGUCUUGAAGUUGCUUGCUAUCUUCCUUCUUCAGGUUUUCCAAAGAGUGCCAAAUAUGGCUUAAUACUUGGAGCUGGAAUACCAGGCCUUUUAUGCAUCAUUGGGCUAACACUCUUCAUCACCAGCAGGGUUAGUGCUCGCAAUAGGAAUCGUCGUUACAUAAACACCGAAUCAUCCCCCUCGAUCUUCCCACAACCAAUUAUCUUAACAAUGGGUCUCGACCAGCCCACCAUUGAAUCAUACCCGAAAACCAUUCUUGGAGAAAGUAAGCGGCUUCCUAAGCCCAGUGAUAGCACCUGCCCAAUAUGCUUGUCGGAGUAUCAACCCAACGAAACCUUAAGGUCUAUACCUGACUGUAAUCACUACUUCCAUGCCGACUGCAUAGACGAAUGGCUCCGGAUGAAUGCUACCUGCCCUCUAUGCAGGAAUUCGCCCCAACCUUCCUCUGGUCUACCCGAUUGUAAAAAAGAAAAGGAAAUUCUUUUGCAUCUUUGUACACUAAAUUUUGAUAGUAGUCAUACAAACACACACACUGGGAAAUACAACACACUUUUUGAAAUCUUGGAGUUCCUUCUUGAACAAAAGAAGGAAGCAACACCAAGAAUUUCUCUUAUGAAACUCAACUAUAUCACCCUUAAAUCAGGAGAUCAUGGAAUAUGCAUGCAUGAAAACACCAUUUAA